AUGCCUGAACGAUCUUCUAUGCUGGCUCCGGCCCAUAUUCUGAGAACGCUUCCCAGACCACAGUUCUCGACCCUCCAGUCGUCUAUUUUCCCGGUUUAUUUUGGUCUGCAAACUGCAGUGCCACUCGUGCUUGCUUUGACCUACCCUGGUGAAAAAGUCGCUGGGCGCUUUGGAACCUCAGGCCUUUCUGGAGUAUUUUCUGAAAGCAACCGAUGGAACACCCUUGUUCCCAUUAUGACCACAUUUUUGGGCGGGAUCACCAACUUGUUGGUUAUCCAGCCAGCAACCGCAAAAGUAAUGCGCCAAAGAAAAGAGCAAGAAUCCAUUGACGGGAAGAAAUACACAGACGCUGGUCCCCACUCGAAGGAGAUGAUGAAACUAAACAAAUCAUUUGGGAAGCUUCACCAACUCUCUGCUGUGGUUAAUCUCGCCGCACUAGCUGCCACCAUUUAUUACGGUGUAGUCCUUGCCGAGCGCCUCAACUAG